GCCAUCGCAUGUGUCCGUCCGUCCGCGCCGUGCUGUUAUUUUUAUAACCAAAUUAAAUAUAGUUUUAGGAUUGGAUCCAGACUGUUCCAGUUCUAUAGCUCCCCGCUAUGCUAGAGUAGCUCAAGCUAGCUAUUUUGCUUGGCAGAAAAAGCUAAACAAUUCCAGCGGCGCGAGAGUUGAUUUCGCUGCACGCUCUGAUUGCCAUUGCUGAUCCACACAACCACAUGGUUCUGGUUGAGUUGUGUUUCUUUCUCUUCUCAUCAAGUGGCGGGGUGUCAAUGGUGAUAAACAGUGACAUUUGACGACAGUCGUCGGUUUCUCUGGUCCUCUUGUAGUGGUGACAACAGCCUGGUGUAGUGGUAGUGGCAGUGGACGGCCGUGUUCCUCGUAUAAAAAAACCAGCUGUCAGAGGUCAAAGGGCACCCUUAAGACGACAACAGAUUUCUGUACAGUGUGCCGGGAUAAAAAAAAACUCAAGGGUGCGACAAAAAACAAACUUGGUGAACAGACUGUAGGUCCAAACCGGAGUCUUUGGAACCUGGUCACCUUUAGAAUGAGCAAAAGACGGGAUCCGGCCGGAAUUGACGAGGGGGUAUACCUCGGUUGGAAACCAGGACGAUCAGGCCGUACCGACGCCUGAUUUUGGACUUUCAUCCUAAAAGACGACUAAUUCCCCCUUGAACAAUCAACACCCAGACACACUGAGAGAGAGAGAGAGGAACAUUUUAAAAGAGUUUGGACAAUCGUGGACUGAUCCGCUACUGACAUUGGUGCCCUGCAGUUGAACUUGGUGCUAUCCAGAGGGGGUCUGAAAACUCGUUAAGACUUUCAGAGAGUGAACGAUUGCUGGUGGACAUCCUCAAAGUUUGUCUUCUCACGUCGCAACAGGAUCUCGAGGGAGAAAUAGAAACAAAAAGAGCUCUAAGUUUAGAAAAAACGCUAGUGAGUGAGAGAGAGAGUAGCAGUCAGUUAUGGCUGAACUAAGGGAGAGGGAUAACAAGAAGAAGACCUAUGCAUUAGAACCGACAACCAAUGGAGGGACUGAGCCGUUACAGAAGAAGGUCCCGCUGGAUGGGGACGGGGUGUCGGUGGAGGGCGGCAAAGGAGUCAAACUCAAGAGACAGGUUGGACUCAUCAGUGGUAUCGCCCUGAUUGUGGGAACCAUGAUUGGCUCAGGUAUCUUUGUGUCACCCAAGGGAGUCCUGACCCAGACCGAGAGUGUUGGGAUGAGCCUGAUAGUCUGGUUGCUGUGUGGUCUUCUCUCUGUCAUGGGAGCUCUUUGCUACGCUGAGCUGGGCACCAUGGUGCCCAAAUCAGGGGCGGAGUACGCCUACCUCAUGGCCGCAGUGGGACCCAUUCCUGCGUACCUGUUCGCCUGGACAUCCACCAUAGUCAUCAAACCAUCCAGUCUGUCCAUUAUCGCGCUCAGCUUUGGGGCGUACGUGUCCGAGCCGUUCUUUGAUAGUGAUUGCGGGCCACCGGUUGCGGCAGUCAAGUUAUUUGCAAUUUUAGCAAUCUUACUCAUUGUCUUCAUCAACUGCGCCAGCGUCAAGUGGGCGACAGCGGUGCAGAAUUUCUUCACUGCGGCCAAGCUCAUAGCCUUGGUCAUCAUCAUCAUUGUUGGUUUCAUUAAGCUCUUUCAAGGAAAUAUACAAUAUUUGACUCCGAGCACUGCUUUUGCGGGGUCCUCAGGAAACGUCUUUGCUUAUGGCAUUGCUUUCUAUCAGGGUCUGUGGGCAUACGACGGCUGGAACCAGCUGAACUACAUUACAGAAGAACUGAUCAACCCAUACCGGAAUCUACCGUUGGCAAUUAUUAUCGGCAUACCGUUGGUGACAGGGUUAUACAUAUUGGUUAACAUCGCGUAUUUUACCGUCAUGUCACCUGAGGAAUUACUGCAGUCUGGUGCAGUAGCUGUGACUCUGGCCCAACGCAGCCUAGGACCCACAAUGGCAUGGAUCAUACCAUUUUUUGUUUGUUGUUCCACAUUUGGUGCCAUCAACGGAUCAACAUUCACAGCUGGAAGACUGACGUUUGUCGCUGCCCGUGAAGGUCACAUGGUAGAGAUCCUAUCCAUGGUCCACGUCAAGAGAUACACCCCCUUCCCAGCACUUGUAUUUCAGUCCCUCAUCGCCAUCUUGAUGCUGCUCCCUGGAGACUUUGAAUCCCUUGUGAAUUAUUUCAGCUUUGCUGCCUGGAUGUUCUACGGAGGCACCGUCCUGGCACUGCUUGUCCUGAGGUAUCGUCACCCAGACUGGCAUCGCCCAAUCAAGGUUCCCAUCCUCAUCCCUAUUAUUGUCUUGAUCGCUUCGGUGUAUCUCGUCAUCGCCCCCAUCAUUGAUGAACCAGCUCUGGAGUAUCUCUUUGCGUUCCUCUUCAUCUUGGCUGGUCUACUCUUUUAUGUGCCGUUCGUCCACUACAAGUACGAACCACCAUUCAUGAAGCACAUCACAGUGUUUCUUCAGCUUUUAUUGGAGGUUGCGCCAACAAGCUACUUUGAGCCCGGCGAUGAAGAACCUGAAGCGUAAUCACCAAUUUCAGUUCGCUACCUGCAUCGCCACCGAGAGGAAACGAAACCCUCGAACGGCGCUGCAACACCUGACGAUGAAACUUCCCCGCAAGUGGACGGUAAUAAAGACAACUUUAACGUUCCAGCGGAACCAGACAAUCAGUUGUUGUUUAGACUGGCUUAAUGCCACUCACUUCCGAGUUGCGUAUCGGAUAUAUACCCAGUCCGGUCCGUAGAUAUUUUUAUAAUAAUUAUUUUAAGCGAUUUCAGUACAGCCCGAAGUCAGUAUUAAACUAGAAGAGAAGAAAUCCACAUAUUAUAUAUUUUUUAUUUCAGACUUUAUUAAAAGAAGAACAAAAUUAAACAAGAUUUAUGAAUGAUAUAAAUAGAAUCGGAGAACUAUUAUUCCUGAUUUUGUUUCACCAAAUUUAUUUGCUAUUAUUUGCGAGGUGUAAGGUUGUUUUUUCAACAGAUUUUUUUUACUUUUGCGGAGAGGGGGACAUGUAUAUUAGUAGAAAGCAUGAAAUCUAGAGGAAUAUUUUUUGGUGUAGUUCAAUCUAUUUUGUUCCUGCAAAAACAACUACCAAACAAAAAGAUAUUUGGGGAUCAUUUUGGCAAAUCAAGUUUCUUUAUUAACUUCAGUCUUAAAUAUUGUAUGUAAUUCAUUGAAACAUUUUUUGGAUGCCAACUUGUUUACUUGAUUGUAAUAUGUACAUAUCAUCAAUUUUUCAAUGCAGUUUAAAUUGCCCGUAAUCGUAUGAAAUAGAAAUUAUUUAAAAUAUUGAAAAUGAGGCACUCUGUUAAGGUGAUCUUUAUCAGUGUAAAUAUUCAGCAUGAUUUGAAAAUGAUGUUUCAGAAUUAUAUUGUAAUAUUACUACCCAGCGGUUUAUGAGAUCUCCUCACUGUAAAUUUCGAAAACCAAGAAAGAAAUUAUCGUUUUCGAAUUUAUUUGUUUUUAAAUUGACUUGUUUUUAGGGUUUGAGGGUUUGGUUUUGUUAUUUUCGUCCAAGUGUAAUGUGUUCUCUAAAGAGAUUGUAAGAGUUUCCAAUUCAGAUCAGUUUGCAAAUUAUGUGAAUUUUGCAAAUUAUGUGAAUUUUGCAAAUUAUGUGAAAUUUGCAAAUUAUGUGAAUUUUGCAAAUUUUGUAAAUUAUGUGAAUUUUAUCUUCAAAUAUGUUUUUUUCUACACAGAAGGGUGGUAGUGAGUUGCUUAUUCCUCUGGAUGAGAUUUAUUAGGGGUAAGGUGGCGAUCAGGUCAAGGAGCAGCUGUAGACAAACAAAGCAUUUAAGAGAUCAAUGUAGAAGAGGUUCAGAUAGUGUUCUAAAAUGUAUUAACCACAGUCGCAAUAACAAACAAACAAGUAUUAAUUUGGACACAAGGAUGUUGUGAGUAGGAUUUGAAACUUUGCAUAUAAGAAUGUUGUAUAUUCUUCAAUUUGAAUUUAGAUUUACACAGUUUAAUAGAUGUGCAAAUUUAACAUCUAUUAAAUCGUUUGCAGUACUUGCUGCUAAAACAUAGGAUUCGAAAUGCCUCUGCUUGGU